AUGAAGUGGGGUGUCCGGGGAGCCUGCGCUGCGCUGUCCAGCUGCUUCUUGCUCGCCUGCGCCCUGAGUGCUGCUGCCGUGGGCCUCAAGUGCUUCUCUUUGGGAUCUGAGCUAAAGGGUGAGCCUUUCCGCCUGGGUACAGCCGCUGGCGCCUUUUACUCCGGGUUAUUGCUCUCAGCCGGUCUUUCUCUGUUGGGUUCUGCCUUGCUUUGCUGCCGAGAGGAUGCAUCAGGGGAGAGUAAACCUGGCAGCCAGAACUUCCUCCUCCUCGGCGUGCUGGUUUUCAUGUUGGGAGUGUUGAGCGCCUUUGCUGGAGCAGUUAUAGAUGGGGAUACUGUGUCACUUGUGGAGCGGAAGUACUCACACUUUUGCCUGCAACAACCUGGAGAAAGCAGCAGUACCACCAAGUGCCAGAAACUAAAGGAUUACCAGCGGGGUUUGGUCAUUUCCACCAUUUUUAACUCCCUGGAGUGUCUGUUGGGGCUCAUCAACUUGUUGCUCGUAAAAAACUACAAAUCCUCCCAGCAGCGGCGCAGGAGACGAAGGAGAUGUGGGGGAAGGCGCUUCCAAAGGCAGCACAGGGGCUCCAUUUUCUCUAAUGAAGAGCAUGACUACUCUCCUGGGGAUUUCUCUUUCCAAACUGUAUCCUAUAUCAAUGUUGGGGUGUUCCACUUAUUUGAUGAAGCAGGGGUGGAAGUACAUUGUGGUGGCCAUCCCUCUUUAGAGCUCCCUGGUUAUUCCCCAAUGGACCCCGAUUUAAAUCCAUCAUACCCUUACUGUUACCCGCUACCAAAUGAGCAACCCCCUCCAUAUGACGAAAUUUACCCUGCUACUGAAAUGUGCAGCAGCAGCAGCACAACCACCACAUAG